UGAAAUUCCAGUAGUGGACUCUCAUUGAACGUGCUCCUGCAGUGAUUGACCCGACUAUUUUUGUAAUACUCUGUACUGAUCAUAUAUUGCUCGCGGCUGUCUCCAUUUGUGCGUAUUAUCAUUAUCAAAACCGUAACAGAGACCAUCCAUCUGCCACAGUUUCUUGACAUUGAACAUUGCACGAGAUCUUGGAAAGGCCAGUUCUUCAAGUAUCAUUUAAUCGCGCAGUACUCAGGGACUAUUGUAAUUAUGAAUACUCCUUUUCGGUUGUACAUCCUCUUAUUGGGCUUGGUCACCCUCUCCAACUCAAUGCCGGCAGGUAGUAAUACAGCAUCGAAUCUACAGCAGUCCUGCAUUCAGGAAAGUCUCCAGACUUCGGAAUGCGAUAUCAUGAACAUAAACUGCCAGUGUAGUGACGCAGACUUUAUCUCCAGUUCCGAAGACUGUGUGCUGAGUCAAUGCACAAUGGAACAAAGCACAGUCACGAAGAACAUAACUCAAACCCUGUGCGGUGUGACACCGCGUGAUAAAAUCCGCGAGUAUAACUGGAUAUCAUACAUCCUAGUUACUCUAUCCUGCUGCAUCGUCAGUGCCCGUUUGGUUUACAGAAAAUUAUCCUAUCCCAAGACUCUCAGUGUAGAUGAUUGGUUUAUCCUAUUGACUAUGGUCGUAUCUAUCCCCUCUGCCAUCGUCAACGUGAGGGUCUUCACUUCGAAUGGCUUGGGCAGAAACAUAUGGACUUUGAGGCCCGAGGAGAUCACAAAUUUCGCAAGAGGCUUUUACAUCAUUGCGAUACUCUAUCUCAAGAGGGUUUUUUUUCUUAAAGAUGUCCAUUUUAUUCUUUUAUCGUCGUAUCUUCCCAGGGAGAAUGGUCCAACGCCUGCUCGUACUGAUAGCCGCCUUCGACACGUUAUUCGGUUUUGCAUUUGUGGCGACAGAAAUCUUCCAGUCUCGUCCCAUCAGGUAUAACUGGACGAAAUGGAGACAGGAGGGUGAACGGUAUUGCUUGAAUGUCAACGCUAUCGCCUGGGCCAACGCUGCGAUCAGUAUCCUGGUAUACACCUCACCGGCCUCACGCCUGUCUGAACUUCCGCCUCAUUGGCGACGGCCGUUUCGUCGAUCUCGACGGUGAGGCCCUCUGCUGUCAUGACUUUUCCUGGACAGUCCCGCAGCUUGUAGUGGUGCCACA